AUUGGUCAGAGAGUGAGAGUAAAUAAGCAUUAAAAAUCACCGAGUUCUACUGAAACGGGCAACUUAUCUGAGCAGUGAUAAGAUAAUAAAAUUUACAACACUUCCCCUAAACGAAGCACCAUAUCAAUAUAAACACCUUCUAAUAACAUGUACAGAACAGUUAGCUUCCAAAAGUUCGCAAUGGCUUAUUUACUUUUAACCGCUUUUACAAUUUUCGCCACUUUCUGCUUGUCACAAUCCGCUGAGAAUGUCACCGAUGGCCCUCUCAUCAAGGGGAGGCUACCUAACAGUUUGUUAUACGCACCCAACUACCCGAGUAGUUGUGCUGAGGCUUUGUCCGGCUCAGCGCAGAGUGGCAUUUAUCAGUUAUAUUUACCCGAAUGGCUGGCACGCCCCUUCUACGUGUAUUGCUUGCGAGAUCCUAACGGCGGUGAUGCUUGGACGGUGAUCCAGCGGCGGCAGAGCGAGUUGGUGAACUUCUAUCGCAAUUGGCAUGAUUAUCAGACUGGUUUUGGUAAUUUGAAUGGCAAUUUCUUUAUCGGCUUGAAUAAGUUGCAUGCAUUGACACAAGUGAGGCUACAAGAGUUGUGGAUUGAAUUAAUGGACUAUACAGGCACUACUGUCUAUGCGAAAUAUGAAAGUUUUGCUGUGGGCAACGCGGAGGAGAAGUAUGCGCUGAGCGUGCUUGGGAAAUUUUCAGGUACAGCCGGUGAGGCAUUGAAAGGCUUCCUUGAUGGUCAAAAGUUCAGCACCUACGAUCAGGAUAACGAUGAAUAUAAGGACAAUUGUGCGGAGAUUUGGAAAGGCGCUUGGUGGUACAAGGACUGCUGGUGGAGUAAUUUAAACGGCAUGUACAAUAAUUCUCUAUUCUGGAAUGGACGUUAUCCAAAUGCCAUGAAGUAUACGCAAUUAGCGGUAAGACCAAGGAAAUAAGCUUGUGAAGAGUGAAUGAAUUUUGGAAUGGAAACUUUAGAGGCUUCUUGUGAUUUACGAACUACGACUACUGGUGGAAAACAAAAAAAAAAUAUUCUUUAUUUGUUAACGUCAAACCAUUGCUCAAAACAGUCGAUAUCAUACGAAAUAAUUUUGAUGAAAAAAUAGAGUUCAAUUACAUUAGUUUCUUCCUAAUUAAUUAUGAAAUUGUGGGGAAAGAAAAAGUUUUUGCAACCGUUCUUUCUAAAUAUCAAAUUUUUUUAAAUUUUAACAAAACUCCAUUUUGUUCCGUAACUUCAAUAUAUAAAUCUCAACUAACGGCCUCACCGUUAGCAAGAAAGCAAAGCCGCUGAUUUUGCCGCUUGUAGUGGGAAGACUUUUUAAAAAUAAAAUCCAAAUCAAGCUGUAUCUGAAUGAACCAACGGAAUUAAUUCUGCUUAGAAUUCUACUAAGGCUCAUGCAAACCUCUGCUGGUUAACAGGACUUUAAUUCAAUAAUUUUUCCAUGUUCUCCUGGGUUUAUCAACACCUUUUCUUGAAGUCAAAAACUCUCUAAUUAUCAAGGAUUAACGAACUGCUUGUGUAAAGCUAGAGCUUCAUUUAAUCAAAUUUAUAAAAAACCUUUGCUUCAUUUGAUGUUAUUCUUGUGAUAUAUAACAUUUCGAAAAUAGUUUCGGUGAACGCUGCCCAGUAUACUUGUAGUUACAUAAUAUGGAGUGUCUUAGGAACUGUUAUCCCAUGUUGUUCACGUUUACAGUAGGUAAAACUUCUUAAAGUUUCAUUUUGUCCCAUCAAAUAUAUAUUUUUUCGUUCAAAUAUUAUUUGCAGGUUGAUAUUGUAUUUGAACUAAUUCUGGUAUUUGAGAAAAUAGAUCUCGAAGCAAUGACUUACAACAAGUCAACAAAAUGCUGUCCCUUUCUUACACAUUUUGAAAAUUUGGUACAAUUUCAUAUUUUCUUUCCGAUUGGCUGUAAUCUUACUCAACAUGUUUUUAUAAAACUUUCUUAAUUAUAUUAUAUUAAAUUAGAAAACUAUUUAUUCGGUAAUUUGUGUGGUUUCUUUGUUUGUAAUUUGUUUGUUAAAUUCAUUUUUGUUCCAGUAAGCAA